AUGUCUGUAUCGGACAAAAACAUGAAGAAGGGGAAAUACCGGAGGCGGCGCUCCCUUGGUUCCCGGCCCCGCAGUCGCCCGACUGUACUGCGGAGCAGACGCUGCAGGGAAAGUCCCCCCACCCGGCCCCAACCCUCCACCCGACCUGCGCCUUUACGCAACCUGUGCCGCUUGCCAUCCGCUUGCGUCCUGGCACUGCGGCACUCCUGCGCCAUCGAGCUCCACUCUGCAGCUCCCUUGCAGUCCUUUGUCCGCGGGCCCCUCUAUCCCGCCUCGUUGCACUGCUGCAGACUCCGAGCCCGGCUGCCCUUCCGCGCGCUACUCUGUGUGUCCAGGAAGCCCCUUCGCGCUGGAUCCCAGCGCCAGGCCAGCCUGGAGCGACUCUGCGGAUCACCGGCCCUCACCGCUCGAGGCGCCUCCGCGGGGAGCCGUCCUGAGACGGAGAGGCUGUGCGUCCGGGUCCCCGGCUCUGCCAGCCACCAGUGCGCCCCUGUUCGCAUCCCUGUCUGCGCCCUCUGGGGCCCCGCCGCUGCCGCCCUGGCGCUCCCCGCGGGCCCCGGCGAGGCCGCCUGCGCCCUGUGCCAGAGCGCGCCCCGCGACCCGGUGCGCGCCGACUGCGGCCAUCGCUUUUGCCGGGCGUGCGUGGUGCGAUUCUGGGCUGAGGAAGACGGGCCCUUUCCGUGUCCCGAGUGCGCCGACGACUGCUGGCAGCGCGCCGUGGAGCCCGGCCGCCCGCCGCUCAGCCGCCGCCUGCUGGCGCUCGAGGAAGCAGCUGCGGCGCCCACGCGCGACGGCCCGGCCUCCGAGGCGGCGCUGCAGCUGCUGUGCCGCGCCGACGGGGGCCCGCUGUGCGCAGCUUGCCGCAUGGCCGCGGGGCCCGAGCCACCCGAGUGGGAGCCCCGCUGGAGGAAGGCGCUGCGCGGCAAGGAGAACAAGGGGUCUGUGGAGAUCAUGAAGAAAGAUCUGAAUGAUGCUCGGGAUCUGCAUGGCCAGGCUGAGUCCGCUGCUGCUGUGUGGAAGGGACAUGUAAUGGACCGAAGGAAGAAGGCUCUGACUGACUACAAGAAGCUUCGGGCCUUCUUUGCCGAGGAGGAGGGGCGAUUCCUACAGGAAGCAGAAAAAGAAGAAGGGUCCCUGGAGGACGAGGACGAGGACCCAGCAGAGAGGUUCAGGUCUCUGCUGCAGGCUGUGUCGGAGCUGGAGAGGAGGCACCGCAACCUGGGUCUCAAUAUGCUGCUCCAGUGAAGUGCUGCCUGCCCAGGCAGCAGGCAGAGGAAGCUGUUAACCAUCCCAGGCCUGAAACAGCUCCUCCAUCUGCCUCCUUCUGGACCCCUUGUCGUCCUUCAAGACACCCCCAGCCCUGCGUGUCUUCUCCUAGGUGAAUAUGUGGACUGUGAACUCUAGGUGCCCACCUGGGGUUGCUGACGCCAGUACUCUGCAGAAGAGUGUUUGUGUUCCCUUUUCCUCUGGGUGUUCAUGUUUCCAGGCUGUAAACCUUUCACUGUAGAGAUCUGUAUUGGGGGUAAGUUAACCCAAGUGUAUCCUGACUCCAUAAAGUUCUUUUCGUUGCCC